UAGUGAAAUGUCACAUGUUGGUCAGUCAGUUGUUAGGCAAUCCUGCUCGAGGCCAAUAUGGCGGCCGCAAAAAGCCAGUACACUGCUCAGAUCAAGACUCUUCCCCUGAAGUGUGGAAAAUACCGGUACUUUGAUGUGUCCAGCUUAAACGAAGAAAGAUAUGCCCGCCUACCAUUUUCAAUCAGGGUACUGUUGGAGUCUGCCGUUCGUAACUGUGAUGGCUUUCAAGUGAAAUCCAAGGAUGUUGAAAAUAUACUGGACUGGGAGAAUAACCAGAAACAAAAUGUUGAAAUCCCUUUCAUGCCUGCAAGAGUCAUCCUCCAGGAUUUUACUGGUGUUCCUGCUGUGGUGGACUUUGCUGCAAUGCGGGAUGCUGUUAAAAGACUUGGAGGAGAUCCAAGCCGAAUCAACCCACUGUGCCCUGUUGAUCUUGUCAUUGAUCAUUCAGUGCAGGUUGAUGUAUCGAGAAGUCAGAGUCGGUUGUUUGAUCCAGGGGGCAACUGGCCUAAGAAGGACGAUCCAUGUCCAUUUCAUUUGAUGCCCAUUGACUGCUCUACUGCACUUCAGAAGAAUCAGGAAAUGGAGUUUAUGAGAAACAAGGAAAGAUUUCUUUUCCUGAAGUGGGGCUCAAAAGCAUUCAAGAAUAUGACAAUUGUCCCACCUGGCUCAGGCAUAGUUCACCAGGUCAACCUUGAGUAUCUUGGCCGUGUUGUCUUCAACGUGGAGAAUGUGUUGUACCCUGACAGUGUUGUAGGAACAGACUCCCACACAACCAUGAUCAACGGGCUUGGAAUUGUUGGAUGGGGUGUUGGAGGUAUUGAAGCUGAAGCAGUUAUGUUGGGUCAAGCCAUCAGUAUGGUGUUACCUAAAGUUGUUGGCUACAAGCUUACUGGGCAUGUGAAUCCAUUUAUCACAUCUACUGAUGUUGUGCUCACUAUUACAAAGCACCUUCGCCAAACUGGUGUUGUGGGUAAAUUUGUGGAGUUUUUUGGACCUGGUGUUGCUCAUCUGUCCAUCGCAGACAGAGCCACCAUUGCUAACAUGUGUCCUGAGUAUGGUGCAACUGUAGGUUUCUUUCCAGUUGAUGAGAAGAGUCUGUUGUAUCUUAGACAGACAGGCCGCACAGAAGAGAAUAUUGAAUGCGUCGAAGCCUACAUGAGGGCUACAAAAAUGUUCCGAGACUAUUCAGACCCAAGCAAUGAUCCAGUGUUCUCUGAGAUUGUUGAACUGGACUUGUCCACUGUAACUCCAUCACUGUCAGGGCCCAAAAGACCCCAUGACAGGGUUGCUGUGUCAGAUAUGAAGCAGGACUUUCAGGAAUGUUUGAACAACAAGGUUGGAUUUAAAGGUUUUGGAAUUCCAGCCGAAAAGCAGAAUGUAGAGGUUCCCUUCACAUUUGAGGGCCAAGAAUUCAAGUUAUCGCAUGGUUCUGUAGUGAUAGCUGCCAUCACUAGUUGUACAAACACUAGUAAUCCAUCAGUAAUGCUUGGAGCAGGGCUGUUAGCUAAGAAAGCUGUUGAGCUGGGACUUGGUGUCAAAUCAUACAUCAAAACAAGUUUGUCACCAGGCUCGGGAGUGGUGACUUACUAUCUGCAGGAGAGUGGUGUCACACCAAGUCUGGAAAAACUAGGGUUUAAUGUUGUAGGCUAUGGUUGUAUGACAUGUAUUGGCAACUCUGGACCUUUGUCUGAACCAGUAUCAGAAGCAAUAGAAAAGGGUGACCUCGUUGCUGUGGGUGUCUUGUCAGGAAACAGAAACUUUGAGGGACGGAUCCAUCCGCUAACAAGAGCCAAUUACCUUGCCUCCCCUCCCCUGGUGAUUGCUUAUGCCAUUGCUGGCACAGUGCUCAUUGACUUUGAGAAGGAGCCACUUGGUAUUUCCAAGGAUGGAAAAGAAGUUUUCCUUAGGGACAUUUGGCCAACAAGGGAAGAACUCCAGGUGGUAGAGAGACAGUAUGUUAUUCCUGCCAUGUUCAAAGAGGUCUAUGCCAAAGUAACGAGUGGUAAUCCUCGGUGGAACUCACUGGAGGCACCAAACAGUUUGUUGUACCCUUGGGAUGAGAAAUCAACUUACAUAAAACAUCCACCUUUCUUUGAAACAAUGGCUAAGGAGCUGCCGAGCCGUGAAAGUAUCAGAAAUGCCGCUGUACUGUUGAACUUGGGCGACUCUGUGACAACUGAUCACAUCUCUCCUGCUGGCAGCAUUUCACGCACCAGUCCUGCUGCACGUUAUCUGGCUGGAAGAGGGCUUGCUCCUCGUGAGUUCAAUUCAUAUGGUUCCCGUCGAGGAAACGAUGCUGUAAUGGCACGUGGAACAUUUGCCAACAUAAGACUGGUCAACAAAUUCAUCGGAAAAGCUGCUCCUAAAACUGUUCACAUUCCUUCUGGAGAUACGAUGGAUGUAUUUGAUGCAGCUGAACGUUACCGCCAAGAAGGACGACAGCUUAUCAUCCUGGCCGGCAAGGAUUAUGGGUCAGGAUCGUCACGUGACUGGGCGGCAAAGGGGCCUUGGAUGCAGGGCGUCAAGGCGGUGAUAUCGGAGAGUUUUGAACGAAUUCACCGGAGCAAUUUGGUAGGAAUGGGUAUCAUGCCUCUUGAAUAUCUUCCCGGCGAAAACUCAGAGAGCCUGGGACUCACUGGAAAAGAAAGCUACACCAUUGAGGUGCCGGAAGACCUGAAAACUGGACAAACAGUGGAUGUUAAGUUGGAUGGUGGGCGCACUUUCAAAGUGAAAGUUCGUUUUGACACAGAUGUGGAAUUGGCGUACUUCAAACAUGGAGGCAUCUUGAACUACAUGAUUAGGAGCAUGCUCACAUAAGAAGAAACAACAUGCGUCAAAUACCCGAGAACACUGACUUGAAUAAUGCUCUCGAACGCCAAACCAACGCUUUUGGAAAUAGGGGUGGGGUACGAGAGGACAGGUGGGAACGAAACGGAUUACCACAUAACAUUUACUGUUGUGCUUUUAAAAUGUCUAUUGCUACCGGACGUUAGAACAGAAGUUUUCCUUAAUUUUUCAACUACAAAAUAUGUACAUAAAAUAUGAAUUAAACCUGACUAUUUAAGAAGAAUAUCAGGACGGCUACCGAAUUUUUUCGAAAGGAAACAAAAUCAUAUUUUUAAUUAUGCGCAGGUCUGACUAUUUGAGAAGAAUAUCAGAGGAAAAAAAAUUAAAAAAAUUCCACUACAGUAACUGCUAGGUUAGAUGUCGUUACACGAAACUGGAAACCUAUUUAAGAAGACUAUGGAGGAGGUGCACGUCUGGAAAUAAAUGAGAUGAACACGCAAGA